CAACAGUGAGAGGCCCACGUACUGCAAAAACAAACAAAACAAACAAACAAAACAGAUACACACGUCCCUCUCCUUCCAUCUUCCUUCUGAAUGGUUUCUCUUGUGCAGUGUUACUGCUUAAAAAUCGCGUGUUCCAUGGUAGGGAUGGAACCGUGGCCGCAAAUAUGUUAUUCAUCACCCACUGAGCUUUAACAAUCGAAGCCUGCAACCACUUUCCCUGACGAAGGGGCACCCUUUCCUACCUUCCUUUCCCAGACAUAACAAGAGAAACAGGACAUGCUUGGGGACAGGAGUUUCACAAGCUCUCUGAGCUGUAUAUUCUGCUUUCUAAUUAUGGUUGCUGGCCAGGAGAAUCUCUUCCUUGUGACUAAUCAGAUUUUCCCUUUCCUCAGUGUGUCACAAAGUCUAUUUCCUCAAGGUCUUCCGAGGAACAAGUGGUCAGGGUUUUUUAAAUGUUUCCCAUAGUUGAGAGGAGUAUCAUAUUUCCUUUUUUGGUUAUGGCAUUACAUUGCUAAUAUCUGAUCAGCUUGUGGGUGACUCUGGUUCUAGAUCUUUCUCUGUCAUUCUUCCCAAGUCUCUGACUGCCCUGUACCCCCAGUGAAUUUUAUCCUUUCUUUUGCUUUGGUUCUGACAGAACUUGUCUCAUACUUUGGAUAUGUUCUAUAACACCCUCUCUCUUCUUCCUUUGCUCCCUAAAUGUUGAGUUGGGACCAGUCUCAUUUCAACGAUCUUAAUAGCUUAUUAAUUUUGUGAUUGUCACAGGGGUUUGAGCACUGACUGGGUAGGUCGCUAAAAUAGAAAAAAUAACUUUUAAUACCAUAUGACUGAUAGAAAUGUGAAAUCACUAUAUUAUCCCACCAGAAUGGCAAAUUGAAAACAAAAACAAAAACUGAAGACACCAGAUGUUGGCAAGAAUGUGGAGCACCCACAGUGAAUAUAAACUGAUAUGAACACUUUAGAAAAUUGUUUUCCAGAGUAACUACUAAGACAGAAUAUAUACAUACCCUCUGACCCAGCAGUCCAAUCCUGGGUAUAUACCCAAUAGAAAUGUAUUCAUCUGUGGACUUAAAAACUGGAAAAAGAAUGCUCAUAACAGUGCUAGUUAAAAUAGCCCCAGACUAGAAACAUCCAAAAUGCCAAUCAACAGUAGAAUGGAUAGUAAGGCAGUAAGUGUAAACACUGGGAAAGAGCAAACAACUGCACACAACAUGUACAACUUCACAAAUGUAGCGUCGAGUGGAAGAAGCCAGCCACAAAAGAGGACAUGCAGGAUCAUUCUGUUUAUGUUGAAUAACCAGGAAAAGCUAAUCUACGCUAUUGGAAGAGAGGACGCCGGCUUCCUUGCCAAGGAAGUAACUAGAAGGGAGUACACGGGGGCCACCUUGGGGCUGGUAAUGUUCUGUUUCUUGAUCUGAGUGUUGGUUACACGGGUGUGUUCAGUUUGUGAAAUCUCAUUGAGCUCUAUGGUUAUAUACGUGCAUUUUUCCGUAUGUAUAUCAUACUUCAAUUAAAAAUACAGCAAAGAAUGCAGCAGGCAGGGUAGAUAGUAGAGAAGAGAUGGCCAUUUUUCACUGAGAAAGGCACCCGGUAGGCUGGAGUUCACUCCCUGUGCUCCCUCAUGUGUGCUACCCCGCAGACUGGUCUCCAAAUUUUAAUGAGUGUGGACUAGUUUCGGUGUUAGGGGGCAUCCUCCUCUGCCUCCGUAGCCCAGGGCUAUUGUUAUGACAUCAAAGACCAACUGCUGGCCAAGAUACAGUCCGUAUGAAAAGAGUGACCAGCAAAUUUACUGCUUGACUUCACUCCCUUUAAAUGGAACUGGCCCCACGGUCCUCUUUCAAAGCUCAGUUGUGAACAUAUAUCUUCUUUAUAGGACACCGUGUACAAUAAAGCGAGGCAGUAACUUAAAUUUUUUUUUAAAAGAAUACCUUUGAGAGCACUGCAAGAUGGGCAUUCCAUCACUGUGGUUACAUAUGCCCAAACACUCCCCAAAGUCUAACCAUUGGUCUGAGAGCCUUCUAUUCAAUAUGGUGACUUUUUUGACUAAUUGAGUUAUAUUUUUAUGCUCCAACCCUUUCCCUAGGGUCUGCAAGGUCUUGGGAAAGUCAUUCAAGAGAGGGGAUCUGCCUCAAAUCAAAUCAGAGGGCCACCUCACCCAACUUGGGCAAAAUGGCAAAGUUUAUAUACUGUUACUCAUUAACUUAUUUGAAGUUAUCCUUCAUGGAGUAAACAUUUUUUAAGGACUGAGGCCAGACUAAGCUCCUGGAUCAGUUCUAUGCAGUCCCCCAAUAUCUACACGGACAGCAUUUCUUUAUAUCACCCUGGUGCGGAAAUCUCAGGGAGUUGUUAGCAUUUACACAUACUAGAACUGGGCGAGGAAGGAAUGGAGCUGUUUGUACGACUCUCAGAAAAUGAAGCACCUUAUUCCCUAAGAGGGAAAUAUAGAGGGAAAAUAGCUCCAAGCAUACAAGUAAAAUGACUUAUAAUUUAAAGGAUGUCUUUGGCUUGACUUGGAGUCUUUCUCCAGGUGGUGGAGACUGAGGCACCUGCAAUCAACAUUACCAGCCCAAGCGGAAUCAUCCAGAACGGACCUUCCAAUAUACGAUCACUUAUUACAGCAGCGAAUCCGUCCUCGGAGGUUACAGCAUUUUAAAGAGUGGCCAAGUCAACCUGGCUCGGAGCUUCCCCUUCUGUUUAAUCCAUUACUCUUGAAAAGUUCAGCACGCCACACUUUGCUGGAAAAAGGCUAAUGACUGGGCAGAACCUUUGCUUUCUGCUCCCCUGGCUGGCACGUUCCGGAAGACACACCAACCGUAUGAAUGGCUGCAAUCUUCCUGCUGAGAUUUUGAUGGAGGCCAAAUACUCAAUUCCAAAGACACCUAGGAAAUGAGAUCAGUCUCACCUUUAAAUAAGAAUGAGCAUCACCUGGAAGACAUUGGAAGUAUUUGGAGAGGCCGUGGAAUCCCAAGAAAGUGACUGCGAUAUUGAACUUCAGGUGGGAGUGAUGGGAGCCAGGCUCCCUGGAAGGCACCUGCGCAGGCAGCUUUCCUGUUCCAGGUUCUCCCCGCUGGCCUCGCCACCCUGAAGCACCAUCCAGUGUGGUCCCCAGGCCCCACAGGGCUUCUGUCACUGCGUAUUCUCUGCCCCGUGCUAGGCUCUGCAAUAACCCCCAAAUGAACGUCAAUAUCCUUGGCCUUAAACUUGCUCAGAAAUGGGGAAGGAGGGGAAUAAGAGAAGGGAAGUGGGCCUGCUCAGACCCAGUAAACUCAAUUACAGAAUGAUGUGGCCCCAAGUCAGAGGAGACAUGUGUGCCGCGGGGCCAGGAAGAGCAUGAUUCACAUCAUCCUCAUGUGAAUGAAGGACGGGGAUGUGAACACAGGGGAAAACAAAGAGAGAGAAUCACAGCUUCAAAGAGCUACCCUCUAAUUAAGGAGACGCAUCUUUUCCCUGGGCCUCUGAAUGGUUGCUCCAAGAUUGCUCAAACCACUAACUCAAUUUACUUUGCUCGGAGGGCUCCCGGGUGUGUCCAUUGUUCCUUUGGGUUGGGGUUCUUCGUGCCACUUAGGAUGGGGUAUACAAGAAGCGCCGUGGAAACCUGCCAGUGCAGUGGGGGCUGCCUGGAUGCCGGGAGCUGCCAGAACACUACACAGACUCCCUUUAAAAGAAAAAUUCGGCGCCCACAAAACCCCACGUGUUCAGCCUGGAGUGACCUCGGGGGGCCAUCUGUGGGCUCCCCCUGGAGAUCCAAGGAAAGCUGGAUGCUGGCAGGGAAUGGCUAUGGCUGUGCCCCUGGAAGUUUCUGUCUUGGUCCUACAAUAUGACUAGGAUGCCUUUUGUGUCUACAGGAUAUGUGGGCACAUGGCAGGUGCUCGUGUAUACAAGGCUCACUACACACGGCUGCGCACAUGCUCAGUGCCCUGCUCUCUGGGCUGAACGGGCUCCUCUAAGUUCAACGCCAGCCCCACAACCACGGCUCCGGAUGCGCAGGCUCAGCGGCCAUGGCUCACAGGCCCAGCUGCUCCGCGGCAUGUGGGAUCCUCCCGGACCGGGGCACGAACCCGUGUCCCCUGCAUCGGCAGGCGGACUCUCAACCACUGCACCACCAGGGAAGCCCAGGGAUAAUUAUUUCUUAAACCCCACUGUCCAGACUCUACGGGCAACAUUCUGAAUUCAAAAUGACUUUCAGUCAAGUCAUCUUUGCACCUGGGAACUGUGAAAAGGAUUGAAAGCUUCUAGAGGAAAUGAAACUUGACCACGACAGGAAGUGACUUACAGCCCCAGAGGCUCAGAUGUAUUGACAUAAGAAUAACCUCAACAUGGAAAGUGCCUCGACAUCGGAAACCAGCUCUCCUCUCUCCAAAGAAACACCAGGGGAGCAUUCGGACCACCAGUCUGCACACCAACCAUUCCCCAGACAGCAAUUCCAGCAAGAGGCUGGGCCCCCUUCAUUGCAAAGAGAUGGCCCCAGAUCCUUUCUCCUUGAUCUACCAAACUUUCCAGAUCUUUCCAAAGCUGAUAUCAAUGGGCAGAAUCCAAAUAUCCAGGUCACCAUAGAGGUGGUGGACGGUCCUGACUCUGAAGCAGAUAAAGAUCAGCAUCCGGAGAAUAAGCCCAGCUGGUCAGUCCCAUCCCCCGACUGGCGGGCCUGGUGGCAGAGGUCCUUGUCCUUGGCAAGGGCCAACGGCGGGGACCAGGACUACAAGUACGACAGUACCUCAGACGACAGCAACUUCCUCAACCCCCCUGGGGGGUGGGACCGUCCGGCCCCAGGCCACCGGACUUUUGAAUCCAAAGAGCAGCCAGAAUAUGAUUCCACAGACGGUGAGGGAGACUGGAGUCUCUGGUCUGUUUGCAGCGUCACCUGUGGGAACGGCAACCAGAAACGGACCAGGUCUUGUGGCUAUGCGUGCACUGCAACCGAAUCUAGGACGUGUGACCGUCCAAACUGCCCAGGUAUCGAAGACACCUUCAGGACAGCUGCCACCGAAGUGAGUCUGCUUGCAGGAAGUGAAGAGUUUAAUGCCACCAAACUGUUCGAAGUUGACACGGACAGCUGUGAGCGCUGGAUGAGCUGCAAGAGCGAGUUCCUAAAGAAGUACAUGCACAAGGUGAUCAACGACCUGCCCAGCUGCCCCUGCUCCUACCCCACCGAGGUGGCCUACAGCACGGCCGACAUCUUCGACCGCAUCAAGCGCAAGGACUUCCGCUGGAAGGAUGCCAGCGGGCCCAAGGAGAAGCUGGAGAUCUACAAGCCCACGGCCCGGUACUGCAUUCGCUCCAUGCUGUCCCUGGAGAGCACCACACUGGCCGCCCAGCACUGUUGCUAUGGCGACAACAUGCAGCUCAUCACCAGGGGCAAAGGGGCGGGGACGCCCAAUCUCAUCAGCACUGAAUUCUCAGCGGAGCUCCACUACAAGGUGGACAUCCUGCCCUGGAUUAUCUGCAAGGGCGACUGGAGCAGGUAUAACGAGGCCCGACCUCCCAACAACGGACAGAAGUGCACAGAGAGCCCCUCGGACGAAGAUUAUAUCAAGCAGUUUCAAGAGGCCAGAGAGUAUUAAAGAGACACCACCUCUGUUGUUCGUGACACAAACACACUGCACUGAUCCGCCACCUGGCAGAGUCCGUCUUACCCGCAUACAUGUAUAUGUACAUAUAGCACGUGAGUAUUUGUCAUAAGUUACACUAGGGGUGUGUGCCAGGCCCUUGUGACUGCCAUCUGAAGCCACCGUUGCCUCUUCCAUGUCAACGGCUUCCUUGGAACUCUUCCUAGGCAUGUCCUCAGGAGGAUGGGGAGAAAGGAGCUGGAAGAAGAACCUGGAGGUCAUAGCAGGUGGGAUUCAACUCACACCCCGGAUCCAGCGUUUCCGAGAGAAGCAAAGGGGCAAAGAGAAGGAAGUUGUAAACGUGAUAAGCAGUUUUUAUAUAUAACUUAUUUAAUAUGAAUGUGACUUAUACGUCACCUUUUCUCUGGAGUUGUCAUCGUGAAACUAUUUAAUCACUUCCAUGAGAGUUCAGAAAGGGGCUUAGGGAGAUGGAAGAGAGAGGGAAUUUUGUAGUAAUGACUUCUUUAAAAAUAAAGAAUUCAACAGAAAGAUAUCAAAACAAGAAAACACCCACCUGAAACCAAGUGUUAGUUAGCCAGUGAGGUACCUUGAUAAGUCUCAGCUUCCAAAUGCCCUUGCCUCAGCCUGGGUAGGGAGUGGGGGGCAAAUGGGUAUUUUAGGAGAAAAUCUGAGGCCUGGUUUUAAGUGGACUUUAAAACAAAGGCCAGUAUUAACACAAUGCUAUGAUUCUAUUAAAAGACCCCAGAAUAGAAUUUCUGCUCAUGCCUUAAUAGGUUCAGAAGGCUACAGGAAGGUCAGACAUAAAAACAAGGAGUAGCACUUUUCCAAAGAAAAAAUGCAAAACAAAUGGGGGGAGAACAUGAACUUCAUCUAUUUUAUUUUAAUACCAUCGUAACAAUUUUUUUUCUCCACAAUAUAUUCUCAGUAAAUAAAUAUAAAAACAAAGAGAGGAACUCAAGUCUAAAACCCUAAUUUUUUUAUGUUUUAAGAAAGAAAAAAAUACAUUAUUUUUGUAAAGUAUUUAUUGAGUCACUGAGUCUUGUGCAUCAAGCAAUUGUAAUAUGGCCUGGUUCUGUAGGGUGGAACUUAGGACAAAUAAAGAGUUGGUUCUUAUGCAAUCUUUACUUGCAAAACUCCAGGAAAAGAGAUUACAUAAUAAAAUCAUAAUAAAAUGUGUUACCUACAGUAAA